CCUCCUCCUCCUCCGCUAGGGUUUUGCUAGGGUUUCUUCUUCCUCUCUCUUUCUCUCUCUCUCUCUCUCUCUCUCUCUCUCUCUCUCCACCGUCGCGGCGACGUUGAAGCUGGGAGAGAUCGAUGUGGUUCCUCUGCGUCUUCUACCACAGGCUCCUGGACUACAGGCGCCCGGAGGUGGAGGCGCUCGCGGAGCUCUUCGGCGCCUUCGGCGGCGGCGGCGGCGGCGGCAACGGCGGCGGCGAGGGUGGAGGAGGAGGUGGAUGGGAAGCGAACCCUAGAAAAUGGUCGCUGGAGUGGAAGCUCCCGGAGAACCACCACGUCGACUCCCCCUUCCACUUCGUCUCGCUCCCCUCAGAGGAGAUCGCGCGGAAUAUCGCCAAUCGGAGUAUACUUGUUAAGGGAAUAUACGAACUUUGGGGGCAGGGGAUUAACUAUGAAGAACUGGAAAAGGCUGUAAGAGAAUUUCCAGAUGAAAGGAAGCUGCCAUAUCUGACACCAGAGAGCACAUUCCGAAUUGUCGUGGACAGCUUUGGCAAAGUGAUUAGUUUCGAAGAACAAAAUGAGCGGAUUCAAGGACUUAGUUACAUACCAUUUCAGGGGCGGGUCGAUUUGAAGAACCCUGAACACAAGUUUUGGCUCAUUGAAACCGAUGAUUAUGGGGCGAACAACGGACUCCCCCCAGUUGUUCAGAGGACAGUAUUUUUUGGUCGAGAGGUUGGGGCAGCUGAUAGGAAGCUUUUGCCUACAUAUCAGCUUAAGAGCCGUAAAUACUUGGGGCCCACGGCCAUGGACGCGGAAAUGGCCUUUAUCAUGGCCAAUCAAGGGUUAGCUCAAAAGGGAAAGCUUGUCUACGAUCCUUUUGUUGGCACUGGGAGUAUUCUCGUUGCUGCUGCACAUUUUGGAGCGAUGACGAUGGGUGCAGAUAUUGACAUAAGGGUUGUGCGCGAUGGGCGUGGGCCUGAUUGCAAUGUUUGGAGCAAUUUUAAGCAGUACAACUUGCCAUCGCCAAUAUCUCUACUGAGGGCGGACAAUAACCUGCCUCCUUGGCGUCCAGGAUUAAAGGAGGUGUUUGACGCGAUAAUCUGCGACCCGCCCUAUGGGGUCCGUGCAGGGGGUCGGAAAUCUGGCGGUCGAAAGCUUCUUAAAGGUGCCGUGGGCCCCUACACAGUUCCGGAGGAGAAACGGUUCGACCACAUACCGUCAACUGCUCCUUACAGCUUAGCGGAGUGCGUGCACGACCUUCUCGACCUCUCCGCGAGAAUGCUAGUCAUGGGGGGCCGGCUCGUCUUCUUCUACCCCGUGGUGAGGGAGGACGGCGUGACUAACAACACCCAGUUCCCGGAGCACCCGUGCUUCACACUUAUCGCUUCUUGCGAGCAGAUCCUUAGCUUUCGCUACAGCCGAAUUUUGCUUACAAUGGUUAAAACCGGCCUCUACACCGCGGAGAUCGAAGAAUCAGCAAAGAAGCAGCACUUGGAGUUCAAAGAGAACCAUUUAAAAUGGUUGGAGGACGGAAAUUUACACUCUGCGGUUUUUAGUCCCGCAGAGUCCCAAAUGGCAUCUCUCAAGCUCGAGAGAGACUCGAAGCCGAAAUAUAGAGGGAAGUAUGUGUAGUGAAAUGCUAAUCUUUUUUGUUGUAGCAUUCAUAUUUCAGGCCCCUUUCCCGAAUUCUGUUGGAAAUUUUGGUUUCGAUUAGUUAUCAACCAAUUUCGCUAAUUACGGAAAGUAUGAUUAGUUUAAGUUCGGUGGUGGGGUUAGUGGCGCAUUUCGCUUGUAAACUGAAUGAGGGAGCUAAUGAGAAGGUUGUUUCGGGACCAUCUUGGCAUGACACUGAUGUACUACUUAAACCCUAAUGCUUUUUGGCAAAAUUAAGAUUUUAUAUGCUUUUGCGUGGAUUGCUCGCGAUUUUU